AUGACAGCCAACGGGGUCAAGUCGGCGAAAGGUCUACCCACAGUUUACAUCGUAUCUGUUGCCAGAACGCCAGUGGGCUGCUUCCUAGGUGGUCUUGCAUCGUUGACUGCACCGCAGCUUGGUUCACAUGCUAUCAAGGCUGCAGUAGAACGAGCUGGUAUUCAGCCUCAGGAUGUUGAGGAAGUCUUCUUUGGAAAUGUCCUGUCCGCAAACAUUGGUCAAAACCCUGCCAGACAGUGUGCGCUCGGCGCUGGCCUCGGAGACUCGACGGUAUGCACGACCAUCAACAAAGUGUGUGCCUCUAGUGUCAAGGCUAUCGUUUUGGGAGCCCAGACCAUUAUGACCGGCAAUGCAGACAUUGUCGUGGCUGGCGGCGCUGAAUCUAUGUCGAAUUGCCCUCACUACCUCCCAAACAUGCGAACGGGUGCCAAAUUCGGCAACCAGACUCUGGUCGACGGCAUGCUAAAAGACGGUCUCACAGACGCCUACGGAAAGCAAGAGCACAUGGGUCUCCAGGGUGAGGAGUGCGCAAGAGAUCACGACUUCAACCGAGAACAGCAAGACGAUUAUGCCAUACAAUCAUACCAAAGAGCCAAGGCGGCCAACGAGAAGGGUGUCUUUGAUUGGGAGAUUGUCCCGGUCGAAAUACCAGGCGCCAGAGGCAAGCCAGGCACAACGAUCAGCAAAGACGAAGAGCCAAAGAAUCUCAACAUCGAGAAACUGAAGGCAAGUCGUCCAGCAUUCAUUCCAAACGGUGGCACUGUAACCGCACCAAAUGCCUCACCACUCAGUGAUGGUGGUGCCGCUCUUGUGCUCAUGUCCGAAGAGAAGGUCAAGGAGCUUGGUCUCAAGCCUAUUGCUAAAAUCCUCGGCUGGGGCGACGCAGCUCAACAGCCAAGUAAAUUUACUACUGCUCCAGCUCUAGCGAUUCCAAAAGCACUCAAGCACGCCGGCAUCGAGCAGAGUCAAGUCGAUGCGUUCGAGAUUAACGAAGCAUUCUCCGUUGUCGCGCUGGCCAACAUGAAGCUGUUGGGCCUUACGUCUGACAAUGUCAACGUUCAUGGUGGUGCCGUGGCACUAGGCCAUCCUCUAGGUGCUUCAGGAGCACGAAUAGUAAGCACUUUGCUUGGCGUGUUGAGGGAAAAGAAGGGCAAGAUCGGUUGUGUUGGUAUCUGCAAUGGUGGUGGGGGUGCAAGUGCACUUGUAGUCGAGUCUCUGAUGUGA